UGACUCCGGUUACGCCCACUGAGUGGCAAAAAGUCUGAGCGACAGCAUUAGCAUAGGGAAAAACGCGUCUAAAAUGGGAAAAGUAGUUGUGUGAUCGACUGUGCUAACACAUUCAACACAAUUUGGAGCGGUCUUUUUCCAGACUGCAAAAAACACUGAAAUGAGAAGUAAUCAGUAGCAGUAUCCAUAUGUCAGCAGCCACUAUGAAAACCAGCCAUUUUGUUGAAUGUUUUGCCACUCAACAAGGCGAGCUCCGUCCGGCGUGGUCACGUGGAAAAGUGACGUCGUUGCAUACCCUCUAUUGAAAUUCAGUAACAAAGUUGGUUAACUCAAAGAAAGGUACACUACCUCCAUAUAAACACCACACACCAGAACAGGACACACGCGUCAGCUCAUCCCGUUCAAGAUGAAGACUUUGAAGCAGUUAAUGAAGGAUUGGAGGUAUCCUACCUCUCUGCUCUGCAUCUAUGGGUUCUUCAGCACAGUAAAGCCCUUAGAACCGUUCCUCAUCCCGUAUUUAACUGGACCAGACAAGAACUUAACUAUGGAGCAGGUGGCCAAUCAGAUUUUCCCAGUGUGGACGUAUUCUUACCUGGGAGUGCUGGUUCCUGUUUUUCUCCUCACCGAUUGGCUUCGUUACAAGCCUGUGGUGGUCUUCCAGUGCUCGGCCCUCUUUGUCACCACUGCGAUGUUACUGUGGGUAAAUGGCGUGCUAGAAAUGCAGGCUAUGCAGUUUAUGUAUAGUGUGGUGACGGCGUGCGACGUGGCUUACUUCUCAUACAUCUACAGUAUGGUGGAGUUGAAGCACUAUCUUAAAGCCACCUCAUACAGCCGGACAGCCCAACUUCUGGGCUACACCGUGGGCUCGGUGCUGGGUCAGGUGCUGGUAUCUUUAGAACUACUCUCCUACAAAAACAUCCUCGUGUUCACACUGGUGCUAACCGGCAUCGGAUGGAUCACCUCGGUCCUUCUCCCAAUGCCCAAGACAAGUAUGUUCUUCCAUCAAAGGAGGAGAUCUAGUGGAGAGGAUGAAGAUGUACACGAGGGCAAUGUUGGGUACGAGGAUGCAGAUGCGGUCAUAGAAGAAGGGUCUUUGACAAAGGACGUUUCUCAAAGCAGUGGCGAGUCCAGCUCUGAAAAUCAUCUAGAUGAUGUAGAGAUGAAUGAAUCUGAGAAACGGCAGAAAGAAGUGGAAGGUUCCAGUGAUAGCAACAGUACAAAAAGUGCAAAGACAGGGGGCUGUGGUGAUGUUCUGCUCCGAUUAUGGAGGGAUUUUCGGCAGUGCUACUCGUCUCGUACAUUGCUUUACUGGUCGGCGUGGUGGGCGCUGUCCACCUGCGGAUACAACCAGACUGUGAACUACGUCCAAGCCCUGUGGGAGCAUGUGGAGCCAUCUAAUAACUUCACUGUAUACAAUGGAGGAGUGGAAGCAAUCUCAAACCUAUUUGGGGCCGCGGCUGCAUACGGUAUAGGUUUCUCAUCAGCGGACUGGUCUCGCUGGGGAGAGAUGUCUUUGGGUGCUCUCUCAGCCCUGGAAAGCGGUGCUCUCUUCGCUAUGGUCUUCAGUGCCAACAUCUGGGUGUGUUAUUGUGGUUAUGUCAUCUUUAAGAGCCUCUACAUGCUACUCAUCACAAUAGCCAUGUUUCAGGUAGCAGCUGGAUUAAACAUGGAGCGUUAUGCUCUGGUGUUCGGAGCAAAUACAUUCUGCGCUCUGGUGUUUCAGACCAUCCUCACCUCAGUGGUGGUGGAUAGCAGAGGACUGGGGCUGGAUGUAGUCACACAGUUUAUCAUCUACGGUGCGUAUUUUGGCAUAAUAGCGGUCCUUUUCUUUUUGAGAGGUUUGUAUACAACGUGUCAAAGGUCCAAAAAGCAACCACAGCAACAGAUGCCAGAAGAAACCCACGAGGCAGAACAUGAUGCACAAAUCAUCAAUGGAACAAAACUAUAGACAUCAAAAUGUAUGCCAGUAGUAACAAAACAAGAGUGUGAUGUCAGUCUGAUUAUUCUACAAACAGAAACACAAUGACUUUUUCUUAGGUAAAAUUCAUUUUAAUAUAUAUUUGUAUAUAUAUUUAUUUAUUUAUAUAUAUAUACACACAUUAACUUAGACUUCUGUAACAUAAGUGGUCUGACUCUCAUAAAAACACCUGUCCAGCUGAGAGUUCGGGAGGGGCUGACAUUCAAAAGAGUCUUGUAGUUUGUAAGUCCUCGAACUGAAGUUUAUCCUUUGCAGAGAGGAACUCCAAAGCGCGAAAGGCAUCACUUUGAUGAUUCCACAUUCUUAUUUAACGUAAAUGUUAUUCACAGCAUGGGUGACGUCAGCGCCAUAUAUGCAGCAUGUGUGUGUCUUAAAGAUACAAAUACUGAUAUGCACAAAGACUUAAAAUUGAGCAAUUUCUAUGAAAGAAUUAUAUACAAGAUUGCAGCAUCAAUAUGAACGGGACAAUGCAAUAACUUAGUUAACGGCCACUUCAGGCAGGCCGGUUCACAGGAACAACACAGAGGAGCACAGCAAAAAGCCCCUUCUCUCCACAGACACCCGCAACACGUUUUGUUUUCUGUUGGCGUUAGUAUAUAUAUAUUCAAUUGCUGUUUUUCAGUCUUUUGUUUUUAAAAACCAAUAAAAAAAUU